UCAAAUUCCUCCUUCAGCCGCCAGAGGACGCUGUUGUACCCUGCGCUUCAACAGCGCGCUUCUUCGCAGCCUUCAGCUCAAUGACAGCACAGGAAACCAGGAACAGCGCUGACGAAUGUGUUGUUGUUUUGAGCCACAACAGAGUGCAUGGGUUGCUUUAGAAGGAUGUUGCAAUCUGUUUGUCACCACUGACUUCUGCACUGUGAGACUGACAAUAGGGUGACUGUAGAUCUGUGUGAGCAUCCGUCAUGUCUGCAGCCGGUCCGCCGCAGUCUCCUAGUGUGGACAAGACUGAAGUGCUGGUCGAGGACUGGUGUCCCAUGCUGGCUGCAACCUUCGCUUACUGGGAUAACAUCCUGGGACCUCGUGUACAGCACAUCUGGGCCCCCAAAGGUCAGGGGUUGUCGCUGCUGAGUGAUGGAGAGGUCACGUUUCUGGCCAAUCACACGCUGAAUGGCGAGAUCUUGCGAAGUGCAGAGAGUGGCGCAGUGGACGUGAAGUUCUUUGUCCUGGCGGAAAAGGGAGUCAUCAUAGUCUCGCUGAUUUUCGACGGAGAACUCAAGGGUGAUAAGAACACUUGCGCGCUGUCAAUCAUCCUGCCGCAGUCAGAGCUAAGCUUUUACCUGCCACUGCACAGCGUGUGUGUGGAGAGACUCAAGCACAUCAUCCGCAAGGGACGCAUCUGCAUGCAGAAGGGUUACAACAUAAUCUCGGUGUUAUCAUCUGAGAUUGUUCCCAUAAUGGAGCUCCUUACCUCCAUGAAGAAACACAGUGUACCUGAGGAAGUGGAUUUAAAGGACACUGUGCUCAAUGAUGAUGAUAUUGGAGACAGCUGUCACGAAGACUUUUUACACAAGGCUAUCAGCUCUCAUCUUCAGACAUGCGGCUGUUCCAUGGUGGUUGGCAGCAAUCCUGACAAAGUCAAUAAGAUCGUGCUCACGCUAUGCCUCUUCCUCACUCCAGCGGAGAGAAAGUGCUCUCGACUGUGUCACCCCGAAGGCUCGUUUAAAUAUGACACUGGCCUCUUUGUUCAAGGCCUCCUUAAGGACUCCACAGGCAGCUUUGUGUUGCCCUACCGGCAGGUGCUUUACUCCCCAUACCCCACCACCCACAUCGAUGUGGACAUUAACACGGUCAAGCAGAUGCCACCCUGCCACGAGCACACGUAUCAUCAGCGGCGCUACAUGCGAGCUGAGCUCAGUGCCCUCUGGAAGGCCGCCAGCGAGGAUGACAUCAGUUCUGACAACCUCAUCAAUGCCCAGGACUCCUACACUCCAGACUUGAAUAUAUUUCAGGACGUAAUGCACAAAGACACACUUGUGAAGUCCUUCAUUGAUGAGGUGUUUCUGUUGAAACCAGGUCUGUCUCUGCGGAGUGUGUAUUUGUCCCACUUCCUUCUCCUGCUGCACAGGAAGUCCCUGACACUGCUCAGAUAUAUUGAGGAUGAGACGCAGAAGGGCAAAAAACCUUUCAGAUCUCUACGCAACCUGAAAACGGAUUUGGACUUAAUGAUGGAGGGUGACUUGAAUAUCAUCAUGGCGAUGGCGGAGAAGCUGCGGGCAGGCCUUCACUCCUUUGUUUUUGGAAAGUCUUUCCUUACCAGUGUGCAAGAGCGUGACCUCCUCAUUAACUUCUGACCUCUGAACCCUGUGGUCAUUAUGCUACAGGGCACUUUGGGCACUCUUUAUGUUUUUUUUUUAUACUUAUGUGUGCUUUUUGUUUACAGGCUUCUGAACAACAACUGCUGCUGAAAUGUCAACUGAUUCACUUGUGCUUUAAAAUAAUGAUAACCUGCUUAGUGAUGCUGAUAAAUUCAUAGUUGUGUGAAGAAGAUUUGGUGCUCAUGA